UCCGGGCCGGGAGGGGCUCCCGGGGCUUUAAGGGCAGGGUGAGCCCGCGGGAGCAGCAGCGGCUCCGAGGGCGGCACAGCAUGGAGGGGAACGCGCACCUCCUGCAGCUCAUCCGCAAGAUGCGCUCCCAAAUCCACAAGCUGGAGAGGGAAAACAGGGCGCUGGAGGGAGAGCUGCGGGGCUGCGGGCGGGCAGCGGCACCGGCAGCGCGGAGCGGCGCUGCGGGCGGGUGGCGGCGUGCCCGCCGUGCCGGGGCACCGGCGGCAUCCCCGGCAGCAUCCCCGCAGGGACACCUUCCACUAGACCAGACAGACACUGCCAUGACUGUGAGACGCUACCCCACCGUCUCCCCAGCUCCUGCUCCUUCCAGCACAAGGUCCCACUGGGCUGGCAGGAAGCCUCCAAGCACCAGGCUCCUGGAGUUGCCAGGCAGAGCCCAGCCACCAGCCCCUCCUGCUGCAGCACAGCUCAGCAGGGAAGAGGAGAAAGGGCUUGAAAAAUCACCAGCCAGUUGUCUCUCCUACAGCCACUCCAGCAACGUGAAGCUGUUUCAGGAGCACGUCUAUAAGUGCCAGGGUAAAGUGAAGGCUGUGAGUUUCCUCUUACCAACAGAUAUGCCAUCAUUUGCUGAAAAGCAAGGUUCUCUCAAAAGCCCACAAAAUCAGAGCACAAAACAUCUGAUGACCAUCACUGAAAAGGAUAUGUGAGACUCCUGAGAUAAAUUGGCCUUAAAUGAUAGCUGUGUGUCAGGUUCCUCUCCUGCAAAACGUUUUGGCAGGAUGCCCACAGAGCAUCACCCAGCCAUGUUUUGGGUCACUGACCUGAUGUUCAGCAUGGAAAUGGAAGCCACAACAAAGGCAGCUGAAAGCCCAGGCGCUGUGAUGAAACCACACAAAGCAAAGGUGCCUCCACCAAGUGCUUCUGUGCAAUGUGUCCAAGGACCCCUCACCUCAGGACUGUGCACAGGGGGCUGAAGCUGGGUUUGGUGUGUUUGUCACAAAAAGCAGAAACCGUGGCAUCACUUGUGUUUGCUGAUUCCAUUACAGAAAUGUGUCUGAUGCAAAUGACAAAAUAAGAACUACCUAAGAGACUGUGAGGUUUUCUCUGUAGGUAAAACUUUCAAGCUUCACUCAUACAGCAAAGUAAAGGAGAUAUUACAGAGUCAGUUAAUGUUGCCCUGAAUUUCUACAAAGCUUGGCAAUGAGUUUAUGUCCUUUUGGGGUUCACUUUUAACAGAGCACAGGGGAGAGUAAGUACUUAUUUGUAUGAAAAUGUGGCUACAAAUCUGCUUCUCACAUGGUGUGCUCAUCCUGCUGGAGACUAAAGGCUGGACACCAGGUCAAAAUAGGAAGAACUGUGAAUAUCAGAUUUUUUUAGGAAUGGCUUCUCAGCACAGCUCAGACCAAAAAUCAUUAGCAGAAAUUCAGCAAGCAAGUACAACAUAACUGUGAGAUAGAACUACAGACAGCUUGUAAAAAAUGAGCAGUGCUUGUUAGUCUAAUCAUAUAAGUGAAGAUAACAUUCCAUGUGUUUAUUUUGAUUACAGCUAUUUAUGGAAUCAAAAUGCUGCACACUGCUAUUUCUUUCUGUACAGGAAGCACUGAUGAUUAAAUAUUGUAUAAAGAAUACAUGAAUAGUAGAUGUUUGUACAGAUAACUUCAAGGAAGAUUUUAAUCUCAUUGUCUACUCUUGAAGUCUUGAGUUUUCUAAGGUGAAAGCAGAGACUUAGUAGAAGAAAAACCCCUCUGAAUUUUCCAUGAUGUUGUGUACUUCUAUGAAAUACUGUGGGGUUUUUUUUCAUUUUGAAUUUCACCAUAGUUUUUUAUAUUCAAGUGCAAUUUUAAUAUAUUCUCACCAUUGAAGUAAUAAUUUCAAUUUCACUGCUAUUUUAUUUGUGUAUUUUUAUGUUCAGCCUGGAUCUAUAUAGAAUUGCAUUGUAAUGUCAGAAGUAAUGAAUUAAUGCAAAUGAGGUUCCAGUGUGGAAAGUUUACUAAAGAGACCAUUUUAGAAGGCUUUUCAGAGAAGGUUUUAUUAAUGUUUUAAGGAAAGCUUCAUUUGUGGGAAUUAAACACUGCAUGUGUGUUCAAUUAAGCACCUAAAUCCAGUUGUUUUCCCUCAGAAAAGUAACAAAGGUCUUUGACAAAUCUGGCCCUGGGACCUUUAAGGUACCCAAACUUUUACAGUUAAGGUUUUAACACCAGAUUUAAUGGGAUUUGGGAAUCCAUAUGUUUCAGAAAGCUUCCAAAAGUCUCAACUUUUAAUUUUUCUGAGCCUCAGCUUCCAUGAAGCAGUGGUGGGAAUUCUCUUCUCCACCCUUUUUGUGUCCAUUUACUGUAGAUAUGUGACUGACACAAAGACUGAGCACUUCUGUAGGCCCAGAGGAAAAGGAGAAUAGAAAACGUGGAAGGGAAAAGAGGGACAGGAAUCAAAGUAAUCACUGACAAAUGGCAGUUGGUAUAUUAAUGAAAAGAUUUAUUUCUGAAUUAUAUUUUUGCAGUCUUUAGAAGUGCCUACAGAUUUAAGAACACAUGAGGAUGCACAGGCACAUUAAUUUUUAGAAGCAGUUGAGCAGAUUUGACCCAGCUCUGCACCUCCAGGAGAACCAGAUUGUAGCAGAUGCCACAGAGAAACCACUGAGCACACCAUUUUUACCACAGCACAGCAUGAAGUAACUUACCAUGGAGCACUUAAUGGCAAUUAAAACAUUCCAAUAUUAAACACCCACAGAUUGUUCAGAGCAAGAAGGGCAGGUUUAAGCAAAGCAAGUGUUAAAUAGAUCUCUUCUGGAUAAGCUAAGCCAGAGCAUGUGCUUAUGAGGUGCUCCAAAAGCUAACAGGUGCUCAUUGCAUGGGACCACACCUGGCAAACCCCCCGGAACACCUCUUUAGUGGAGAACAGCACUGAUCCUUCACUCUGUGCAUCCUCCUCUGCUGCUCUAAUUGCAUUAAUUGUUCCUGUAGACUGAGCUGCUGAGCUCCUGUCUCAGAGAUUUGAAAAAAAAAUCUAACCAGGUGAAAUUUCAUCUGGCUAUACUAUAAAGAGGAGAUGCCUUUCAUCAGUCUUAGCUCUCUGUCUGGUGUUUGAAGAGCCUCACUCUUGCUGCAGACACAGAGGUGGAAAUAUGAUGCUCCAGACUGUCAGAGAGGAGUAACAUUAUCACCUUCUCCAGCAAGUUCUUGCCCAGAGUUCACAUUGGUCUCAUGCCUGCAUCCUUAGUCGAUGAAUCCACAGCCAAAGGUAA